GUUCGACUCACGUUAGAGUAAAAGAAGAAAACAGCGAACAACUUCCUGGUUAGAAGAAGUUGUUUCGUGGACUCAUAUUUUCUUGAAAGAAUAAUGCCAGGGUUUAAAAGCAGUAUUAUAUAUCAUGAACGAUAGAAGAUCACAGCCAUUGUUCAGAUAUACCCAAACACGCUGUAAUUGCAUUUACACCUAUCAUAACCUAUAAAGAGGUUAUUGGAUAGCUACCCAAGCUAGCCAACUAGCAUACUUGUGAAUAGUGAAGAAAAUUCAACAAGAUACUUACCAAAACUACAAGCCUUUUAUGGAAGAGCAAGCACCAGCAACGGACUGAGCAGAACCAUUUUGUGAAACGUCCUUCGGCUGGAGUGUUUGAAAGCACCACUGAAUCAAAAUGAGAAGAGGUGUUGGGGCGGGGGCCAUUGCCAAAAAGAAGCUUGCGGAGGCUAAAUACAAAGAAAGAGGUACAGUUCUCGCUGAAGAUCAGAUUGUGCAGAUGUCCAAACAGUUGGAGACAUUCAAGACCCACCUAGAAGAGUUUGCCAGCAAGCACAAACAAGAAAUCCGAAAGAGCUCACAGUUCCGUGUACAGUUUCAGGAAAUGUGCGCCACCAUCGGGGUCGACCCACUGGCUUCGGGUAAGGGCUUUUGGGCUGAGAUGCUCGGUGUUGGAGACUUCUAUUAUGAGCUCGGUGUUCAGAUCAUUGAAGUGUGUCUGGCUUUGAAACACAGAAAUGGAGGACUUAUCACUUUGGAUGAGCUCCACCAGCGUGUGUUAAAAGGACGAGGAAAGUUUGCUCAGGAUGUAAGCCAAGAUGACUUGGUGCGUGCCAUAAAGAAGCUGAAAGCGAUGGGGAAUGGAUUUGGGAUGAUUCCUGUCGGAGGAUCCUAUCUGGUUCAGUCAGUCCCAGCGGAGCUCAAUAUGGACCAUACAGUGGUGCUGCAGCUAGCAGAAAAAAAGGGCUAUGUGACCAUCAGUGAGAUCAAGGACGGUUUGAAUUGGGAACGAGAGCGGGCAAGUCAUGUCUUGGACCAUCUGUUAAAGGAGGGAUUGGCAUGGCUGGAUUCUCAAGCAGAAGGGGAUCCUCAGUACUGGUUCCCAGCUCUCUUUUCUGAACUCGCCUCCCGUGAUGUCACACCAGAGGAGGCCAAUCAGAUGACGCCUUAAGAAGUGAUUAUAGUACACAAAGACCCUGAAAAACUGAAUUUUUAAUCUGUCCCACAGGUUUUGGUGAACACAACUGGAUGGGUGUAAGAGAAAGCAAAUCAGGUCAUUGUAUAGGUUUUGCAUUAACUACAUAGAAAGAAUUCAGGCUUAGGCUUCAGUGAAGGCACAGAGAAGAUGCUCAACCUGGGAAGAAUAAUGCUAGUACUGUUGCUAUGAGUUUCCCUUAUGACCUUAAAAAAGUGCUCAAGGUUAUAAAUAGGUGUGAGAAUUAUUACAAGCAUAUUGUAAGUUCACCUGUCUAUUUAUAAUAAUAAUAUGAUGACAUUGUUUCCUUGUAAAUAUAAAAAAAAAACAUGUAAAUAAAUAAAUGAACAUAAGCUUUAUUUAUGUUUUAUUAUUCA